AACUAUAUUCACUGAUUUGAAAGCGGAUGAAAUUUCAAUUAUUUUGGCCAUUCGUUUUCCUUUCAAGCUUAUGCAGUGAAAGACACUUUCCCCAUUUAUUCAUUAUUUUUUUACAUUUUUUUACAUUUUUUAUUAUCUCAUUCGUCCCUUCCCCUCAUUUUCUCUGGAAAAUAUCUGUCAUUUCCACCAUUGGAGCCUUUGUUAAAAGGCAACAUAUCUCUACUCCUCUUCUUCUUUUAACCUUAAAACAGGGAUUCUCACACUCUUCUCUUUCAACAUACUCACGGUUUCCUCCGACAUGAACACCAUAGACAGUCCCCUCCUAUCCACUUCCAUUCGCCUUUCUCCCAAAACCCUGCUAAAACCCUCAAAUUCUCUCAAUAAACCAAACUUCAAGCCCUCUUCAACCCACCUCAAAACUCCACUAAAGUCACCGGAAAACCUAACUUUCUCACAAAAGGAUGCAUACCCAAUGUCCCUGCCACUCCAAUCCAAGAACCCACAUGCCAUUUACAGUGACAAUCAAACAACUCCCUCCAGACCCACCCAAACCCAGUUUAGAACCAGAUUGAAAUCACCAAAAAAGAAACCGUUCUCGGAAAAAGAUGCAUUUCCGAUGUCCUUGCCACUACAUACUAAGAACCCACAUGCAAUUUUCAGUGACAUUCAGAGAUUUGCCAGGCAGGGUAAGCUCAAAGAGGCUCUCACCAUCUUGGACUACUGUGACCAACAAGGUAUCCCUGUUAACCCCACUACAUUCUCCUCCCUUCUCCGUGCCUGUGUUGAAUCAAAGUCUUUGACAUAUGGUAAGCAAAUUCAUGUGCAUAUUAGAAUAAAUGGGCUUGAAAACAAUGAAUUUUUGCGAACAAAACUUGUUCACAUGUACACAUCUUGUGGUUCUUUGGAGGACGCUAGAGGGGUUUUUGAUGGGGUUAGCUCUAAGAGUGUGUAUACUUGGAAUGCAUUGCUGAGAGGCAAUGUGAUUUCAGGUCGAAGGCAUUACAGGGAGGCACUUUCAACUUAUUCAGAAAUGAGGGAAUUGGGGGUUGAGUUGAAUGUUUAUAGUUUUUCUUGUAUGAUCAAGAGCUUUGCCGGUGCCACGGCAUUCAGGCAAGGUUUAAAGGCUCAUGCCCUUUUGAUAAAGAAUGGUUUGGUGGAUAGUUCGAUUCUGAGGACUAGUUUGAUUGAUAUGUACUUCAAAUGUGGUAAAAUUAAACUUGCACGCCUUAUGUUUGAAGAAAUUGUUGAGAGAGAUGUUGUGGUGUGGGGGGCUAUGAUUGCAGGGUUUGGGCAUAAUAGGUUGCAGAGAGAAGCAUUGGAGUAUCUGAGGUGGAUGAGGAGAGAAGGGAUAUGUCCAAAUUCUGUUAUAAUGACUACAAUACUUCCAGUGAUAGGGGAAGUGGGUGCCUGGAAAUUGGGGAGGGAGGUUCAUGCUUAUGUGGUCAAGACAAAGAGUUAUUCAAAGCAGGUGUUUAUUCAGUCUGCAUUGAUUGAUAUGUAUUGCAAGUGUGGGGAUAUGGCUUCAGGGAGACAAGUGUUUUAUGCCUCUACAGAGAGGAAUGCUGUUUCCUGGACUGCUUUGAUGUCAGGUUAUGUCUCAAAUGGGAGGCUUGACCAGGCACUGAGAUCGAUAGCUUGGAUGCAGCAAGAAGGGUUCAGGCCUGAUGUUGUCACGGUUGCCACUGUUCUCCCGGUUUGUGCAGAGUUAAGGGCUUUGAGGCAGGGGAAGGAGAUUCACAGUUAUGCUGUGAAGAAUGGGUUUCUGCCCAAUGUAUCUAUAGCUACUUCUCUGAUGGUUAUGUACUCAAAGUGUGGAAACUUGGAUUACUCUUUUAAGCUCUUUGAUGGAAUGGACGCAAGGAAUGUGAUCUCAUGGACAGCCAUGAUUGAUUCAUAUGUGGAAAAUGGGUGUCUACAUGAGGCAGUUGGUGUGUUUAGGUCUAUGCAGUUGUCAAAGCACAGGCCAGACUCUGUUGCAAUGGCGAGGAUUUUGAGCAUUUGUGGUGAACUUCGAGUUUUGAAGCUUGGGAAGGAGAUUCAUGGACAGAUCUUGAAGAAAGAUUUUGAAUCGAUACCUUUUGUUUCUGCAGAAAUAAUUAAGAUGUAUGGAAAUUUUGGAGCAAUCAGUAAAGCAAAGUUGGCAUUUAAGGCCAUCCCUGCCAAGGGUUCUAUGGCAUGGACUGCCAUUAUAGAAGCUUAUGGAUAUAACGAUUUGUAUCAGGAUGCAAUUAAUCUUUUUCAUCAGAUGCAAUCUGAUGGUUUCAUUCCAAAUCAUUACACUUUCAAAGCAGUUCUAUCUAUUUGUGAACGAGCUGAAUUAGCAGAUGAUGCCUGCCUCAUCUUCAAUCUAAUGUCCCGAAGAUAUAGAAUUAAGGCAUCCAAUGAACACUACUCUAGUAUCAUUGAACUUCUCAACCGUGUUGGUCGUACUGAAGACGCCCAAAGAUUUAUUCAAAUGAGAUCUGCCUCACCAUAACAAAAAGAGGAAACGGAGUAUGCUAAUUGCAUGUUUACUUUCACUAAGUGCUACACUGGUUAUCUGGUUUGAUUGGGUCAACUCAAAGACUGGACUCUUAUGUACUUGAUGCUUUUGUUUUGGGCAAAUAUUAAAUGAGGUGGACUGAUUUCUUAUUCUAUGAGUUUCUAUCAGAACCUGAGGGUGAACAGAGUUGCUAUGGCCAGGCAGAUGUGGGACUUGAGAGAAAAAGAGGAAGGAAGGGGCUUUUCCCUAGCCAACACUGUUUCUUCACUGUUUUCCAUUGCAUUCAAUCUUUAACUGAUGAGUGUUCAUCUUUUUCUUUUUCAUUGCAAUCCUUUAUUCUCAUGCUAUGGCAUUUAUUAUGUUCAUCACUUGGACUUGUUUUGCACUUUUUGUUGCUUUUCGGUUGUUCGUAAUGGUGAUGAGGAUUGGUUGAGGGUUGGUUCUGUGGUAGGGCAUGUUGUUAGGACCACGGGCUUUCUUUGUUUGAAUUGGAUUCUUGGCUGUGGGUUUGAAAAUGAAGUUGGUUGGUGGAUUUGAAUGGAAAAUUUGAUUAAAAUGCUGAUUUUGUAACUCAUCACAUGGAUAUACACCUUUUCAAGCAUCUAUUCCUCAAGUGAUGAAUCAACCUCUUUUGGCAUAUGACUUUAUAUGGUUCCUUAUAUUUCAUUUCUUCUGCAGUCAUCGCUAUUGUGUCAACCUGUAAGUGUUUGAUCUUAAUUAUAUUUAUAUGCCUCUAGCAUGAUAGUUUGUGAAUUUAUUAUGUCAGUUGUUUUGUUUCUUCUCAAUGAAAUGUCGUUCACAUCUCUGUUUAUUAUGAUUCAGUGAAGACCAUUGUCAAUGCUCUAGACCAUAUCUUGCUGCAACAAAAGAUAGAUCAUUAUUUUCUCCUGUCUGUGUGUUUUGUUAUAUUUUUAUUUGAAUCAGAACUUCGGACAUAUGGUAAUC